AUGCAAACCCACUUGCUGUUCUUCUACUGUUACAUUGGCCUCUCGCUUGUUUUUUCUGAGGGUGCUCAAACUUUGCUAAAUGAUGAAUUGUCAACAUUGAUAUCAAUAAAAUCUAGUCUUAUUGAUCCUUUAGAUUACCUGAAGGAUUGGCAGAUGCCAAGCAAAGCUGUAGAGAAUGGUUCAUCCCAUUGUAACUGGACUGGUGUCUGGUGCAACUCCAGAGGCCUUUUGGAGAAGCUUGAUCUCUCCAACAUGAAUCUCAGUGGCAGUGUAUCAGACAACAUUCAAGGCCUCCAUAGUCUUUCUUAUCUCAACAUUUGCAGUAAUGGAUUUGCCUCAUCAUUGCCAAAAUCACUAUCCAAUCUUACUUCAUUGAAGAGCAUUGAUGUAAGUCAGAAUAAUUUCAUUGGCAGCUUCCCUACAGGUCUUGGAAGUGCCUCAGGACUUACUUUAGUAAAUGCAUCAAGCAAUAAUUUCUCAGGUCUCCUUCCAGAGGAUCUUGGAAAUGCAACAUCACUUGAGAUACUCGAUUUGAGAGGGAGCUUCUUGGAAGGGUCAAUCCCUGCAUCUUUCAUGAAUUUGCAAAAACUGAAGUUCCUUGGCCUUUCAGGGAAUAACUUCACUGGAAAGAUUCCGCGAGAACUUGGGAAACUUUCUUCCUUGGAGACCAUAAUUCUUGGGUACAACGAUUUUGAAGGCGAAAUCCCAGCAGAGCUAGGCAACCUUACCAAACUCCAGUAUCUUGACUUGGCAGUUGGCAGUCUCAGUGGCCGGAUUCCACCUGAAUUGGGUAAGCUUAAACAACUUACUACAGUUUAUUUGUACAAAAACAACUUCACAGGAAAGAUUCCACCAGAAUUUGGUAACAUUACAUCGCUGGUGUUUCUGGAUCUCUCUGAUAAUCAGAUUUCAGGAGAGAUUCCAGCUGAGCUAGCAGAAUUGAAGAACUUGCAGCUCUUGAAUCUAAUGUGCAAUAAACUGACCGGUCCAAUUCCAAGCAAGCUCGGUGAGUUGACUACAUUAGAGGUACUUGAGCUAUGGAAGAAUGUUUUGACAGGACCUUUGCCAAUAAAUCUUGGACGAAAGUCCCCCUUGCAAUGGCUAGAUGUGUCGUCAAAUUCAUUGUCGGGUGAGAUUCCACCAGGUUUAUGUGAUUCAGGCAAUCUCACUAAACUCAUCCUCUUCAACAAUUCCUUUUCGGGUCCCAUCCCUAUUGGUCUCUCCACAUGCAAGUCACUAGUCCGUGUCCGGAUGCAAAAUAAUCACAUUUCCGGGACCAUUCCAGUUGGUUUAGGAUACAUCCCAAUACUUCAACGACUGGAGCUGGCAAACAACAAUCUCACUGGCCAAAUCCCAGAAGAUAUUGCCUUGUCUACAUCACUUUCUUUCAUUGAUGUUUCUUCAAACCAUCUUGAGUCAUCUCUUCCUUACCCCAUUCUUUCCAUUCCUAAUCUACAAAGUUUCAUCGCUUCCAACAACAAUCUGGAUGGGAACAUCCCAGACCAGUUCCAAGAUUGUUCAUCGCUUUCUUUGCUUGAUCUUUCAAAGAACAAUAUUUCUGGAAAAAUUCCAGAGAGUAUUGCCUCAUGUGAAAAACUGGUGAAUCUAAACCUCAGAAACAACCAGCUCACUGGAGAAAUUCCAAAAGCAAUUUCAACAAUGCCCACAUUAGCCAUUCUUGAUCUGUCCAACAAUUCUCUUAUUGGUCAGAUACCAGAAAAUUUUGGAAGCUCACCAACCCUGGAAAUGGUCAACCUGUCUUUCAAUAAGCUUGAGGGUCCAGUCCCCUCAAAUGGUAUGUUAAUGACCAUAAAUCCCAAUGAUCUUAUGGGCAAUGCUGGUCUUUGUGGUGGCAUACUUCCACCAUGUUCUCAAAAUUAUGCUGCACCAAAAGGCCAGCUGCAGAAAAUGCAUAUCAAGCACAUCAUUAUUGGAUUUAUUAUUGGAAUUUUAACAAUUUUCUUUCUUGGCAUUGCAUUCUUCAUUGGAAGAUGGCUAUAUAGACGAUGGUACUUAUGUAACAGCUUCUUUGAAGAUCUGUUCAAGCAGAGCAAUGAGCUCUGGCCCUGGAGACUAGUAGCAUUCCAAAGGGUCAGUUUCACCAGCAGUGACAUACUAGCUUGCAUCAAGGAAUCAAAUAUUAUCGGCAUGGGGGGAACUGGUGUGGUCUACAAGGCAGAAAUCCAUCGGCCACAUGUAGUUGUGGCUGUUAAGAAGCUAUGGAGAUCGGGAUCAGACAUUGAAAAUGGUGAUGAUCUAUUGGGAGAGGUGAAUCUCUUAGGAAGGCUUCGGCAUCGGAACAUUGUCAGGGUUUUAGGGUAUAUUCACAAUGAAACUGACAUAAUGAUGGCAUAUGAGUACAUGCCAAAUGGGAACCUGGGGACGGCACUUCACGGUGAACAAGCUGGAAAGUUGUUGGUGGACUGGGUUUCACGGUACAAUAUAGCUAUCGGUGUGGCACACGGGUUGCAUUACCUCCACCAUGACUGCCACCCGCCUAUAAUCCACCGGGAUAUUAAGUCCAACAACAUACUGCUUGAUGCCAAUCUUGAUGCUCGGAUAGCAGAUUUUGGGUUGGCGAGGAUGAUGGUUCAUAAGAAUGAGACAGUUUCUAUGGUGGCUGGAUCAUAUGGAUAUAUUGCACCUGAAUAUGGAUACACUCUGAAGGUCAGUGAGAAGACUGACAUAUAUAGUUUUGGUGUUGUACUUUUGGAGCUUCUGACUGGGAAAAUGCCAUUAGAUCCUUCAUUUGGGGAAUCAAUCGAUAUUGUCGAAUGGUUUCGUAGGAAGAUUAGAAAAAACAGGCCCUUAGAUGAAGCACUGGACCCAAGCAUAGCUGGAGAAUGCAAACAUGUACAAGAAGAAAUGCUUCUUGUCCUUCAAAUAGCACUUCUUUGCACAGCAAAGCUCCCCAGGGAUAGACCAUCUAUGAGGGACAUCAUAACAAUGCUUGGGGAGGCAAAACCAAGAAGGAAAAGCAUUUGCCAUAAUGGGGUAAACAAUGGUAGAAAAGAGAAGCCAAUCUUUAGUACCUCACCUAUAAUAGGCCUUUUGUAGGAACAAUUUCUGCAGGCUGUUAUUGAGUAAAUAGUCUUCUCGAGUUUUUAUUCUUUCCUCUCUUUUUUAACUCCUUUUCCAGUCCGGCUAAAUUCAAUAUCAUGUGUUCAAUUACAGGAGCC